AGGCUUCAGGGAGCCCGGAGAGCAGACGAGCGGCAGCGGGGAGAGAGAAAGAUGGAGGUGAGGGUCGGGGAGAGACUCCUGUGCCUGGCUGUGUUGUCCAGCGUCUUCUUCGUGGAUUCAGUCCUCGGGAAAUACGUCAAAGGCAUCGUCAACACCAAAGAGGACUGGGUUUUCCUCACGCGCUUCUGCUUUCUUACCGACUUUGGACGUCUGGACUUCCGGUUCCGCUAUCCAAAGUCUCGCUGCUGUCAGAACAUAUUGCUCUACUUUGAUGACAGUUCUCAGUGGCCAGCUGUGUACAAGAGGCACGAAAAGAACUGCUACCAAAAGGAGGCGGUGCUGAGGCCCGAGAACAACCAGGUCAUCAACCUCACAACACGCUACACCUGGUCAGGCUGUGUGGUGGAAGGAGACGGGAAUGAGGAGGUUCUGAGCUGCGUGGGCGGCCGUAGUUUCCGCUCGGUGAGGGAGAGAUGGUGGUACAUCGCUCUCAGCAAGUGUGGGGGCGAUGGCUUGCAGCUGGAGUACGAGAUGAAACUGACCAAUGGCCAGUCUUUCUGGACGCAGCAUUUCUCUGCAGAUGAGUUCGGAAUCUUGGAGACGGACAUCACGUUCCUGGUCAUCUUCUCCAUGGUGUUCCUCCUCUCCUGCUACUUUGCCUACAAUCUGAAGGGAAGACAGCUUCUUCACACAACCUACAAAAUGUUUAUGACAGCGGCAGGUGUGGAGGUGCUCAGCCUGUUGUUCCAUUGUGUCUACUGGGGCCUGUAUGCUAGAGAUGGAGUUGGCAACGGCAGCCUGAAAAUACUUGGGAAAUUACUGUUCUCCGUCAGUUUCUUGGUGUUCCUUCUGAUGCUCAUAUUACUGGGCAAAGGUUUCACUGUCACCAGGGCGAGGAUCAGUCACAGUGGGUCGGUUAAGCUGAGCAUUUACAUGACAGUCUACACAAUCACCUACGUCAUCCUCUUCAUCUACGAGGCAGAGUUCUUUGACCCAGGUGAAGUGCUGUACGCCUACGACAGCCCCGCAGGCUACGGACUGAUGGGUCUGCAGCUGCUGGCCUACGUGUGGUUCUGCUACGCCGUGCUGGUCUCUCUGAAGCAUUACCCUGAGAAACAGCCCUUCUAUGUCCCUUUCUUCACCACGUACACGCUAUGGUUUUUCGCAGUGCCUGUUAUGGCUCUGAUCGCCAACUUUGGGAUCCCUCGCUGGGCCAGGGAGAAGAUCGUCAACGGCAUCCAGCUCGGCAUCCACCUCUACGCUCACAUCGUCUUCCUCGUUAUCACACGACCCUCAGCAGCCAAUAAGAACUUCCCAUAUCACGUUCGGACGUCCCAGAUCGGGAUCCUGCUGUCCAGUCCGAAAGCAGGCGAGGGGGCGGAGAGUUUCCCCCAUCAUGCCUAUGGUAACGGCUCCUUCCUGGGAGACUCUCAACCCAACUUUACCGAACUCUUCUCCAUCCAAUCAGACCCGGUGAAGACAGUGGAGGAGACGGUGGCCCGUAAAGGACCUGAGGUGCCGAGGAACAGCGAGCAGAAGAUCAUAACCACCGCUGCCGACCUUACGGCGAUACUGCCCCCACCUCCGCCUCCAAUACCCCCACGCCCUGCUGCACGCCCCCCACGCCCUGCUGCACGCUCGCCCCCGCUGCCACCCCGGCUCCCUUCCUUCACAGAGUACUUCAGCAUGCAGGGCGGAGGAGGAGGAGGGUUCGGAACGAAGGCGUGAGGCAGGACAGAAGGCAAGACAGAGGGAGAGGGGGGGGAUGGACAGAAUGACAAUACACAGUAAAAGAGUCAGAGUGGAAAUGGAGGUGUUACUGUUUUAAAAACAGCCAAAAAAAAAGUUUGGACGGACAAAGAAGAGAAAUCAUCAGAAUCCCUAAACGGUCCCUUUUCACCUGUAAAUGGAAUGGAAGAGUGAGUGAGGGGGGGGUGGAUGGCUGUGAGAUAGAAGUGCUGAGCUUGUUAAAGAAUAAAGAAGCAAUAAAUAUUUGAUGUUGACCAGUAAAAGGCACACAGGGAGAAAGAUGACAAAGUGGAUGUAGCCAGAGCAAUAGGAUGAUAGCUGUGCACGAUGCGGAAGUGAACAAAAUUCUUGAAAUACUUCUAUUCAAAAAUUCAUGAGGCAUUGAUGGUGUGCCUGGAAGAGUUUGUAAAUAGCUAAAACUGGAGAGAGAGCUACCACUCUAUAUAGUUUUAUUUUUAAAAAAAAGAAGAAAAAAAGGAAAUUUGUUUUCAUGUUUUUUUCCACAUCAUUAAAUUCCAGUUGGUGCUGUGACCAUCAGAAAAAAAAACUCAUGCCAUUACAUUUAUUCAAGUCAUGUUAGGAAUAAAGGACUUUUUUUAUGUUUGACACAUUUUGAUAAAGCAUAAAUAUUCUAUGGAGUUUGUUGGGUUAAUUUAUAUUCUUAUAUGCCUUCAUUGCAGCUGGUUAUUCUGGAUUGAUAUGCUGAUGUGUAAAUGUAAAAUGUCACGUUUACUGUGGGCACUUCUAGGUACUCGUAAAAACACGCAUGUUUGUAUCGUAUUUCCCGUCCAAGAAGCUGAUAUAUGUAACUCCAUGUGACCAUACGAUAUUUGCUUAUUGUGUGUAUUGAAAUCUAUACUUUUGUAAAUACAUACAAUAGGCUUUAGUAUAUUUUUAACCGGAUAAAUUCUGUUGGACCCAAACCUUGGGCUGUCUGAAACACAACAUAAAAUCAGUAUUAUACUGUGUCGAUUUUAGUUGACUUUACACCAGAGUGCAGAAUAUGCCUGCUCAAAAAUGUCAUUUCUGUGUAUGUAGACGUUGGUGAAUGUACUGAUGCAAUACAGCACAAGGACAGGGGUGAUUUUCAAGUUACUGGAACACUACAGUACACCUUUUGUCGAAUUAUCUUUUCUCUCUGCGACACAUUCAUGAUUUAAAAGCCUGUGGGGAAGGUUGCCUUUUUUAAAAAAUACAAGUAACUUCAUCCUCACCCUUGUCUGGUACCUGAAACAUGGAUAUACAUUGGCUUUAUCUCACUAGAACCUUGCAAAAAGCGAAACAAAUAUUACUAGUUUUGUAUCCCCUAACAUUAAGCUAGGACAAUUAAAAAAAAAAAAAAAAAAAAGCGUUGCAGAUGAACUGUGAAAACGGCAACACAACUUGUACAUUUUGUCUGUCCUGCAUGGAGCACUUUAAUGUUCCUGGUCUUAGUCUGUUUAUUCGUGAUGAUGUCACCUUAUACGACUGCUUUGAAAACCUGUAUUCACACCACUUUGAGUAGUAUCCCAGAUGCAUACACCUGUAAAUACAGUCUGAAAAAUGUCGUCGACUGUGCGGACAUUUUACGGAACGUAUCACGCUCAGUCAAUGUAAUUUAACACUGGAUUGCUGAAGUUGAUAAGUCGUGAACGAUUGUCACUGAAGUUGACCACUGGCUUCCUGCUAUUCAGAAAAUAUGUGAAAGGACGCUAACAAAUUUAUCUGGAGCAUUCGUUGAUUUCUGAUUACUGAUGGUACUCAGCUAAUAUUCCACAGAUUUAUCAAUGGCAAUCUCGCUGUAAUGGAGUACUGUAGGAUGUUAGGACUGUGGUGUGUAACUUGUACGAGUGUAGUCAGAGGUGUAACGUAGUCUGUGAAACAGAAUGAUACUUGAAUUAGAGUACUAGUCGUUAUUUCUGAUUGUGUCCGGUUUAUAUUUGGCACGUCUGCCAUUUUGUCUGCUGUUGCCUAUUGUUACGGUUGCCAUGACUUUGACCGAAUAGACACUGGUUGACUCGACUAACAGACAGGCAUACUGAUUACUGUAUCACUGCUUCAACCCUGUGCAUACUGACAUACGAUUACAGGACCGAGACACUUUAGCGAAGAGAACUUGACGAAAAGAGAUUAUGUAUGCAUGACAGAAAACAGCACAGCUUUUAGGCUACUCAGAGCGAUCUGGUUAAGAGCACAUCACUGAAGCACUGUUCAAAUGCAUUUUAAUGGUGUCAAAUGACGAUUCUAAAUAUGCUGUACAUAUACACUU